CACUUUACUAACUGGAGGGAGGAGCGACAGGGGAGGAUUUGAGAAACAUGCUGCUGCUCGUGGUCACCCUGUCCAUUGCCAAUAUGUUUUUAGCUGUUGUUGUUUGCUUGCCGCUAGCGGACCCGGGCCCCCACCUCGCCCACAGCUGGGGCCAGUUGGUCCGACUCACGCACCUGUACUCCGCCAGGCCGGGAGUACAUCUACUGAUCAGUGAGGAUGGACAAAUCCACGGCUCUGCACACCAAACUCCGUACAGCCUGCUGGAGAUCAGUCCGGUGGAUCCAGGUUGUGUGGUCAUCAGAGGAGUAGCAACCGCACGGUUUCUCUGCAUCGAAGGCGAUGGAAGACUCUACUCAUCGCACACCUACAGCAGAGACGACUGCACGUUCAGAGAGCAGAUCUUGCCAGACGGCUACAACAUCUACACCUCUGACAGAAACGGAGCUCUGCUCAGUCUGGGAAACCAUAGGCAGAGGCUGCAGGGUCGAGACCGGGGCGUACCGGCUCUGGCCCAGUUCCUCCCAAGGGUCAGCACCGUGGAUCCGGCCCCACCCCCUGGACUGGACGUACCUGACCAGCAGAGCACAGCACAAACGGAAGAAACUGUGGACUCGAUGGACUCGUUUGGAAAGCUGUCUCAGAUCAUCCACAGUCCCAGCUUCCACAAGAGAUGAGACAGUUGCUCCGAGACACCAGUAAACGGAUGUAUCAAGAGGUGGCCAGAAAACCUGCACUCCUCACUGCAUGUUGUCGAACCAGGAACUUCCUGCAUGUUCAGCCAGCCUGCAGCCGGAAAGGUUGCCAUGAAAUCCUGCUAGCACUGUCCAGUCAGACAUGACCAGACACAACGCAGGUGCAGUGUCCUACAGAGUGGAGAACGACACCUGUACUGAGGGGUAAUGUUCUAUUCUGUCACUUUUCAGGAAUAAGCUUGAGCUUUACUGAACAAACACCCACAGUAUUCUCAUUCUUCCUCCCUAACACAGGGAGGGAUGUGUUUGGAAUAAAGACAGACAUGGUCACAUGAUCGCUGACCAGAGAAGAACUCCGAGUAGCACCCUGACACGGUCAAGAAUAGUUCACUAUUGGUCACAGUGUUCAGCAGGUGUAGUGCCACACCAAGGAGCACCAACGCGAGCAGGCAUUUUGAAGACUUGUUGGUUAUCUUAUACAAAGACUCAGUAGGAAUCUAGGUGAACUGAGGAAGAGGAAAACUACUUUGCUACCUACAGAUGAGGAUCAUCAUGUUGGUAUUAAACGGUUGGCAGUUUGACCGUAAAGACCUUGUAUGCUUAAUUGUAACUGUUGCAUUUUCUCUUUGUGUUUCCUGUUAUGUAAAGCAACGAUUUACAUUUGUUGAUGUUUAAUUUGACAGAUUUGGAAUAAAGUCUUUAAAGUAUUCUAA